AUGGACCCACCGCCGAAGAGAAUGAGGAUGAUGGACGCCGGUCGGGGGGGCUUCCCCGACAUGGGCGUCAUGUCCGGCGGCGGCGUCGGCUCGCCUCCCGGCCGCCCCAGCCCUGGCGAUGUUGGCGUCGAUCACCACGUGCAGCAACAUCAGCAACAACAGCAGCAGCAGCAGCAGCAGCAGCAGCACUUCGUCACGGAGCAGGUCGAUCCCAGGAUGCCGGCGAAGCAGAGGACCUGGUCCCGCGCGUCGUCCGCCUGCCAGACCUGCCGCGGCCGCAAGACAAAGUGCGACAACGAGCGGCCCAUCUGCGGCUAUUGCAGACGCGUCGGCGCCACCUGUACCUACAUUGAGGACUCUGCCCCGGCCACGUCGUUAUGCCAAGGGGUCGGGCCGCGUCUACUUGGCGCAAUAGAGAACCUGGCCAACCUCAUCCAGCGCAACGAGGAGAACUUCCGCGCCAUCCCCCAGCUGAGCCGCGACCUAUCCCGUGACUCGACCGACUAUCCGGACAGUCCAACCUUUCAGGGCCGCCAUGAAUCCGGCAUCCUCGGCCAGGACGGCGGCGGCGGCGAUGGGGCCAACAAGUGGUCGAAGACGAACCUCUCCCUCUCGGACACGGCCGGCCUCGACACGGUGCUCGAGUGGCCCAUCUUCCCCAAGCCGGUGCCCUUCGCCAUCAACCCCUUCAGCCACGCGUCCCCGCGCAGCUCCGAGGUCUUCUCGCCGCGGUCCCCGCCCGCCAUGGAGUUCUACGAGCUGUCCCGGCUCGCGGACCUGUUCCUCGCCAACGUCCGCCCCAUGAACCCCGUCGUCGAGCCCGCCGUGCUGCGCCAGAUGAUCAAGCAGGUCGCCGAGAACGGCCCGGACUGGUCCUCGGCCACCUGCAUCGUCGCCCUCACCUGCGCCCUCGGCGCCAUAUCCCAGCGGCCGGGCCAGAGGACCCCGAGCGGGACGCCCCGCGGGUACUCGGUCGAGCCGAACCGUCACCUGGCGUCCAGGUACUGGUCCGUCGCCGAGAAGCGGCUGGGGUUCUCCAUGGGGUCGCCCGGCUGGGAAUCCGUUCAAUGCUUGUGCCUUGCAGGGAUCUGGCACAUGUACAACAUGGAUCCCCUGCAGGCCUGGAAAUGCUUCAGUAUGGCGAGCAACACCUGGUACACAACCUCUCUCAUGAACAAGUAUGACGCGCACGAACACCCCCCGACUGCUUCUCAUCGGGCCGAAACGCCGUCCGCCGACUUCCCUCAGUCACUGACCCUAGAGCAGACCCUCUACUUCACCUGCUUCAAUGACCUCGCCUUCGAGCUGUCCCUCCCCGGCUCCAUUCUCGCCGGCGUAGACUACCCCUACAGCCUUCCCGCGCCUCCCAGCCUCGGCGUCACGAACCUCGACAACAAGGCCCUCAUGAUGGAGCAGAGGUCCUGGUACUACUACCUCGCCGAGAUCUCGGCCCGGCACCUCAUCAACCGCAUCGCCCAGGCCCAGAAGCGCUGUCCCCCGCACCCGACCGAGACCGGCAUCGACCGCAUGCUCGAGGUCUUUGAGGUCUUCGAGGCCCAGCUGACCGACUGGUACGAGCAGCUGGCGCCCCCCAUCUCCUUCCAGGUCCCCACGGGAGACAUCGCGCCCCUGACGGACGACCUGUGCCAGAUGCUGCGGGGGCGGUACCUCGCCAUGCGCGAGCUGCUCUGCCGGCCCUUUGUGUGCCUCGCCUCCACCAUCUCCGUCGGCAUCACCGUGUCCGAGAGCACCGUCGCGCGGGUGGCCGAGAUCGCCUCGCGCGGCCUGCAGUACUGCCUCUUCCGCAUCCAGGCCACCUCGUCGUCGCCCCAUCACGGCCUCUGGCUGCAGCUGCGCGUCUUCGUCACCUGCUCCCUCCUCCUGACCGCCGCCGAGCGCGCCCAGACGAUCCCCUCGCUCAACAUGCCCACGCGGCUGAUCUACCCGCAGAACUGGAGGCGGACGAUCCUGGCCCAGAAGGACAUCCUGUCCAACUGCUGGGAGUUCGAGGAGGGCGGCAUCAGCGACUGCGCCAAGGUGCUGGACUGGGCGCUGGCCAAGUUUACCCUGGGAUGA